CGGAACAGGAUCCAUUAGGUACAGUUUAUAAACGAACAACGUUUGAAUAUAUAGUGUAAAUAACAGCAUUACUUGGCAAUGGAAGCGCUGAAUUUGACACGUGAUGAAGUAAAUCGAUUAAGUGAAGCUCUUAAAGACGAAACUUUCCGUCAAUUACUCGGUGAUUAUGCCGCAGAGAUCUCGAACCUGGACAACAAGAGACAAUACGAGGAAGACAUAAAACAGCUCGAGGCAGACCGAGGCAUGCACGUGAAGUUUAUUCACCCUGAAGCUCAUCACGUGCUGAAGACGAGCAUCGCAGGCGGGAAAUGUUUCAUUAAUGUGUGCUCCGAUCCACUGAUCGAUAAACCUUCAUGUGAAGCCGCUCGAGACAGAGACGGUAAAGCGGGUCAAAACUGGACUUUACCCUUCAGCCUGACACCCGGCAGACCCGACAAAGACGCUAAAGGGACGGCGUGUGUCAUCUAUGACGUGGUUUUUCAUCCAGACGCUCUUCACAUGGCGGUAACAAAUGCAAGAUUUAUGAGGCUGAUCAACAGCACUGCUAUCAAAGGGAUUGAAGACUCUUUUCAAGUUAAAUUGGAAACAAGUAAAAUAAAGCUGCUGAAGAGCAAAUAUAAAGGUGUCCCACAUCCAGCUGUGAUCCGCAAGCCAAUACCUGGAUAUGUGAAACAGAUGCAGAGCCCAUGUGCGGAAGAUCUGUCGUUUCCAUAUCCAGAACCAGAUGUCCAAAGUCCUGCCUGUCCUGAUGAAACGAAAUCUUCAUUCUCCAUCCAGCACAUAGAACCACAUUACACCUUAAAAUACAGAUCAGUUAUUGAUUUACAGAAUUACAGGUACUCCCGAGAUUCGGUCACCGGUGUGCGACCCAAAGACAUCAUCAUCAUCAUCAAUUUACCUCUGCUCGCAUCUGCUCGUGAUGUUGAUGUUAAUGUGACAGAGAGACUCUUCAUCCUAAAGGCCCAGAAACCAUCAUAUAAACUGGAGCUUCUCCUCUCAUACCCUGUGGAUGAAGAUAAAGGAGAUGCGAAAUUCAACAAAACUACAAAGCAGCUGACAAUAACUCUUCCUGUUUUACCAGAGCAAAGCACCAAAUUACCUCAGAUAAAAUGUGAUGAUGAUGAUGAAGAAGAGAAGAGAGAGUCUGAGGGUAAAGCAGGACUGCUGGCUCACCAGGAUAAAGAAAAGCUAUGCGAGACACAACACACCGAUUUAAACUGUGAUAUUUUAACCCAGUCCACGAGUGACAGAUGUGGGCAGAUAAAUGUUGCCUUAGAAUCGCUGUGUUUAUCAAACAGUUGUGAUGUCGGUGAAACGGAAACACCUCUCAAAACUGAGGAAACGAAUUAUUUCCCUAACACAUGUGUCGCAGAAAUCAGUCUGGAUGAUCAAGAAAUUGAUUCUGAUAUGAACAUCAAUCCACACGAGAUGUUUGUCAGCGAAGAUUCUGUGAGAGCAGCUAAAGAGUUUGAGAGAAAACCAACAACGACAUUUCAGGCUACAGCAGAACUUAGACAAGAGCCACUGAUGUCCCAUGACACAGAAAGAAUACAUCAGCAAACCAGCAAUUCAAUGACACAAACACAACUGAAUCAGGACCCUAAAGAUGAAGAAGUGGAUUUGAAUUUAAUCGAACCGCUGUCACUAAAGCCACAGACCAGAAAAGAGCCCAACUUUGCACUAAAACAUGGGACUGACAUGAUUGCGGCCUUAACUGAGGAAAUCAUGGUCCAGUUAAAGGAACCUGAAGAUGCUGGAAAUAACUCAAGGUCUCGUCCUGCAGAUUCGGGAGAAGCCAAUUCUGAUGAAAAGGAAAUGAUUAUCUGUGACUACAAGACCUCUGCUGCCCUGUGUUUCCAAAACUCUCUCUGCUUUGAUUUGGACUGAUAGGGGUCAAAUUAAAUAAGCAUUUUACAUUUGGGAGUUCUUGUAGCCUUCAUUUAUUGAUCCCCAAUCGGUUCACUUACCACAGCCAUUUGUUCUUUGUAUACAUUGUUUAAAUGAAAAUAACGUAAAACUGUUAAAUAAAUGCAAUUAAAUGAGUUAUAGUGUUGGGUUUCCAUCUUAAUUUAGGAAUA